GCGCAUGCGCUGUGACUCGACACCGCGCUGCGGCGAAUACACGACAGUGCUCUUCAAACGCGGUGUCAGACAUGGCUGAGGACAGAAACGAUCUAAACACACCUCCUACGCUCAGCAGCAUCGACGCAUCGCCCGCCAUCGAAAGCUCGGAUGAUGAUUCGUCUUUUCGGUUGGACCUUGAUUGGGGACACCGACACGACUGACAACGCAAGUAUCGCCUUCCAGCCUCCGAUGUCGAGCGCCAGCGUCGCUGAUUCCAUACCCAGCACAAGCCAUGGUGUCAUGCAGGAAGCGCCAGAACUGCCGGGAAACGACGAUAGAUUGUGCAUGCCGCUUUCACCGACAGAGAUGCCAGAGGUAGCGGGAACAUCACUGUUCAAGACGACGGGUGGCAGUAAUAACAUAUCGGUGCCGAGUACGAGCAGCGCACCAAUUGAACAGCAUAAUGCUAGGUUUCUCGGCCUCACCAAAGAUGUCCCAUUGAAGGCGGCUCACGACACGAUUGCCACAACAUCAGGGCACGUAGAUCAGUUACAAUCCGGAAGCAGCGAUUUCUUGAUUCCGAUGGACAUCACCGGCUCCUCUCACACACUUCCGAGUGCAAGACAGGAGAGCUUGGUGCAUGAACCAGGAAGAUACGGAAACAACGCGAGGACUUCCGGGGCCACUUCGAAUUACCAUCUGAAUAUGGAGUAUCAUCAAGCCGACCACCCGUUAUCCUUCAAUGUGCCAACAUACCCUACCUUGGCCGGGAGUAGCGGUCUCUCAGUCCCGCUGUCCAAUAGCGGCGCCUGCCAUUCAGUCCCUAGUACAAGCCGCGCAGGCAUCGAAGAAACCAUGCGGGCAUACGACGCGAGCGCUGCUACUGGCUCCACGAAUUGGGAACAGCGCGAGGACGGUGUCCGUGGUGCAGUCAACCACGUCACGAAACCACCAAGGGAACGUCAUACAUGCGAGAUUUGCGCUAAAUCAUUUACAUGGAGCAGUGAUCUCGUGCGACAUCGUCGUAUUCAUACGGGUGAAAAGCCAUAUCGUUGCGACAUAUGUGGUAAAUUAUUUACGCGUUCGUCCGCUCUCGCGCCACAUCGCCUCACUCAUUCAGGCGAGAAACCGCACGUAUGCGACAUAUGCGAGAAAUCAUUUACACAGAAGGUUCAACUCGUGGUACAUCGCCGUACUCAUACGGGCGAGAAACCUUACGCAUGCGACAUAUGCAAGCAGUCAUUUACACAGAAGGUUAACCUCGUGGAGCAUCGCCGUAUUCAUACGGGCGAAAAGCCAUAUCUUUGUGAAAUAUGUGGUAAAUUAUUUUCGAAUCAGUCCAGUUUCGCGAGGCAUCGCCGUACUCAUUGA